AUGGAUAGAUACUAUGAAGAAUCGAAAAAGGAGCAGUGGAACUACCCAAUCAUGCCACUCUACAAGGAUUUGUUAUUCUUGUUGGAAAGAAAUCACAAAGAGCUAUUGUCAAUCCAUUUAUCGAUUUUGGAAAAGGUUUCGAAAAAACGAGCCAAGUAUAUACUUCCUCUUAUCCCAAGUAUGAAUACGAUUGUUGAAGAGAGUGGAAAGAUGUUUGGUAUUAUGAGCAAACAACUGUCAAACUAUUACAUUCAAAGUGAUACAGCCGAGACGGGUGUACUCAAUCUUAAAGAGACACUACGACACAGUCAAAGCAACAAACCACAAGAAGUAUCGAGAAUGGAAAUGUCACUAGACUACUCACAAUACCAAAUACUCGAGUCGUUUGAAUGUAUUGAAAACAUCAUUACAACAUUCAAGGAACAGUCUGAACAACUAUUCACCAAAGACUCUCAAAUCUAUGGUAUCGAUUUUGACGAACAAAGAGUAGACUAUGAACUUGCAACACUCCAUUUCUUCUUUACCGGUAUAUUUAAAUUUGCCAGUGAUCAAAAAGUCCUCUCUUCGAUCGUCUACCAAAUCGCCCUCACCAGAAACGAUCAAUACCAAUGUUUAAAACUCAUCCAAUGUUAUUGGUUUAAAUUUAUUCGCUAUUUAUCUAUUCAUUUCAUCAAACGAGAUAGAAAACGAUACAAAGAGGAAGUACAAGAGGAAAAACAUUUUACCUAUCCAUUCCCACCAUUCAUCGCCGAGUUACAACCAUACACGCUCAAAGAAAAGGCAACCAUGAUUGGCACCAACUUUUUAAAGAGAAUGAAAUCAGAUUGGAGGUUUUCAUUUCGGUUUGCAUUGGGUGUCUCUGUACUGUCGGUUGCAUACUAUGAGAUACUUCAACACAGUGACUUUAUCCUAUUCAGGAAUUUGACCUGGCUAGUCAUUACCUUUACGUUUGUCAUGGGUCCGACGGUUGGCGGCUCCGUCUUUUUCUCUUUACUUCGUAUUGUCGGUACAUGUUUUGGUGUGGCUAUGGCAUAUGGUGUGGCAGUCCUCUUUACUCGAUCGACCAAUAAUGUUGCCGAUGGGUUUAUCUUUGCCAUCUGCACCUUUUUAAUUUAUUUCACGAUCACUUUGUUUGUACGAGAGAAAUCAAUCAACAAUGUAGUCAAUUUCCUUAUUCUCACCUAUGCCACUAUUUCAUUUCCCAUGUUUGCAACUGGCACACUCACUAUCAUCACGUCACUCCUUCGUCUGGUACAAAUGAAGGCAAAGAUUCAAAAAGAGAUUAGAGAAAUUGGUUACCUCAUUACAAAGAGUCAAAACAAACUAUUCCAUUCCAAAUUUGAACUAUUCUUUCAACCUCAAAAAUAUCAUCGACUAAAAGAUAUUCUUCAUUUAAAUGAAAGAUUAUUUAUUGAACUUGUUAGUUUAGAAUAUGCUCAAUCUUUAAUUCCACAUGAUGUUAUAAAAGAAUUAAAGAAUCAUAAUCUUAUAAAACAAUUAAAAUUAUUAAUUUCAGAAAUUGAAGGGUCAUCACAAACCAUUAAAAGUUUGAUGGAAUAUGAUCAUCAAACUAGAAUGGCAUCAGAGGAUAAUUCAAUUGAUAUGUUGGAAAUGGUCGAGAUGCAAUACCAAAUCUAUUUCCAUCAAAAUGCAGGUCAAAGAGAUAAAACAAACAUUUCACUCUUUCAAUUGGAAUCAUUGGGAUCUACAAUGCAUUCACUCGAAUCAUUUGUUAAAACAUUUAACUUGUUAAGACAUUUUAUUUGGGUUCAUCUUGGUGUUCGAGUUAUCAAGAAGUUACCACCAAAUCAACAACAACAGCAACAAAGACAAAAAGGCGACAAAUCAAAAGAAAAAAAAGGUAAAAUCAUCACCAUUACCGCCAGUGGUCAAACCUAUAGUAUAUCAUCUUUAACUUCAUCUCCAGAAACCAAUAGUAUCACAUGCUACUCUUCAUCGAAUCUAUCAGCACUAAAGAGACAUUAUCGUCCCCAUAACCUUUAUACUCACCAUCAUCCAUCUUCAUUUGAAGAUACUACUAGUUGUAAUAGUAGUAGUAGUAGCAGCAGCAGUGAUGACAAUAUCAAUAGUUUUAUCAAUGACGAUGACAAUGACAACGAUACUAAUAGUCGUAAAAGUAGUCCAAAAGUUGCAGGUGAUCCAAUCCAAUAA